AUGGUCGACCUUUGCAAGGUCGUGAGUGGCCUCGAGCUGAGUCCGGAAGCUGAAGAGGCCAUGGCAUCAUAUUCGGACGAUCUUCUGGAUGCGUUAAUCGAUGUCAUCUGUUUGGAAACCAAACAGCGAGGAGCUUAUCGUAUAAAUGAAAACGAUGCGUUGAAUUCUGUGAAGGCCGUCUCGUUUUUCCCGGCUAGAGUGCUAAAGGCAAAGCCAGAUGUUGAAGCCUCUCCAUGUUCCCGUCCAACAGCUGGUACCACUCAAUCCUCGCAAACAAGUAAAUUGGUGACUCGACCACGUAAACCUGUUAUCGAUGAAGCUCGAUUUCUUGAAGACAUUCGCAAAAUGAAGCCGAAAGAUACACGAGAACCUCAAACGUACUACUCACAUAAGAUGACUCUAGAGGCGAAGGACUUACGGCCAAAAUUGGGACCCGCUGCUAUUGCUGAGGCGACGGCUGCUAUGGAACGUCCAGCGAGGCAUUUUGUUGGACGGCCACAACCGCUGAUCACUGAGGACCGAGGCUGCGUUCAGCCUGAGCUCACGACCUAUAACAGAUAUCGAAAUUAUCUGGGCAUAGUGGGCCCAAUGCCGAAUAUCAAGCCCAAUGUUGGACCGCUGACGAAGCUUCCCGCCUACUUGCAAGCAUUACAACAGAGAAAUGAAAUGCUGGGUUUAGCGUCUGGUGGUAACAUUCCCAGACAAGGUCCUCCUCAACCUCGUCAAAUGAAUCGUCCUCAGCAGCCGGUCCAAGCUGCUCCACUUCAACAACCAUAUCAGUAUCCUGCGCAACAGCCAGUGAUGCAGCAGCCCGUUAUGCAGCCUCCGCAGAAUAUUCCGAUGCCGGGGCAACGUCGAGAGAAAUGGGUCGAUGAGUUGGAACGCUCCGCCCUCAUGUCACCGACUCCUCCCCUUACUGAAUGUGACUAUCCGCUCUGUCGUGGAGGUGACCAUUAUCACUGUGUGUUGUCGAGGAAAAGUGCUGAUAUGACACUUCCACUGACGGUCGAAUCUACAGAAAUGCCUUCUGAGACACCUGCCUGUACUCGUGAAUUGACGCCGCCUGACAAUAACGUCUGGGAGCCUCUCGAAGGACCAGUGGACCACGUGGACUGCGCUGAGUAUUAUAUGCGAGUGAAUAGCGGUGUCAAAACGAAGAAGUCUGGCUCUGAAGGGACGAAAUCUGUGGAUCGGAGAGUGCAAGAAAACAAGCAGAGUGAGCCAGUAGCGGAAGAGGAUAGGCACAGCAACAAGAAGCUAGUACUGCCUAAGCCACCUGCCAUCUUUCAACCAAAGAGGCGGAACUGUUUGAGAAAUGUGUGA